GCAGGGUUGCAACACCUACACUUGUUUCAUGUUUAACGCCAGUAGUAAUGUGAUGCCCCUUGUAUUUCCAGAAAUCCUCUUUACAGAAAUCAAGCAGUAACCUCCUCCAUUGCUUGUUGGCACUGAGGCUGUGAAUGUUCUGGUCCAGAAGAAGAACUGAAGAGUUCCCCUUGGCUGGUAGUGUGAAGUCAUGGCUAUCCUGUUCGCUGUUGUGGCAAGGGGCACAACCAUCCUUGCCAAACAUGCCUGGUGUGGAGGAAACUUCCUGGAGGUGACGGAGCAGAUCCUGGCGAAAAUACCAUCUGAAAACAAUAAACUGACCUAUUCACAUGGGAAUUACCUGUUUCAUUACAUCUGCCAAGACAGGAUUAUAUACCUCUGCAUCACAGAUGAUGACUUUGAACGAUCCAGGGCCUUCAACUUCUUGAAUGAAAUCAAGAAGAGGUUUCAGACCACAUAUGGCUCAAGAGCACAGACAGCCCUUCCCUAUGCAAUGAACAGCGAGUUCUCAAGUGUCUUAGCUGCACAGCUGAAAUACCACUCGGAGAGCAAAGGCACUGACCAGGUGGCAGAAACGCAAGCUCAAAUCGAUGAACUUAAAGGAAUCAUGGUUCGAAACAUAGACCUUGUGGCACAAAGAGGAGAGAAGCUGGAGUUGCUGAUCGAUAAAACAGAGAAUCUUGUGGAUUCGUCAGUCACUUUCAAAACUACCAGCAGGAACCUUGCUAGAGCCAUGUGUAUGAAGAACCUUAAGCUUACCAUCGUCAUCAUCAUUGUAUCAAUCGUUAUCAUCUAUAUCAUUCUUUCGGCUGCCUGUGGUGGGCUUGCAUGGCCCAGCUGUGUGCAGAAGUAACUGGAGGCAGCUGGUGCUGGUCACUUGGAGAUGAGAAUCACAGGAGUGUGAAGAAGCAACCUACAGAAUAACUCUUAAUCUCUCACUACUGACACCUCCUCAUUCUUCCAUCCCUCCAGGACUUCAGACUUUUUUGCCUUAUCACCCCAAACAGGCCCAGCUGGUCACUGCUCCUCUGCAGCUGUAACCUCAAGAAUGGGCUGUUUUAAAUUACUUGAAGGGAUUAUUUUUUUUUGUUUGUUUCUUUUUCUGUUCCAGCUACAACCUUCUCAGCUGGGUGGGCGGCACGUCUGGCUCUGGAGGGUUAUGUGCAUGCUCGCCCCUGUGUCCGUGUAGCUUUGCACUUUGAUGUGAGCGUGCGAGUGGAGAGGAGUACUGCCAGCACCUGUCCUGCCC